UUGAGCGUAUCAGCAUGGCGGUCAUCAUUCUCAACUGCAUCACACUAGGCAUGUACCAGCCCUGUGAGAAGGAAUGCACCUCCACUCGAUGCGUGGUCCUAGAAGGCUUCGAUCAUUUCAUCUUUGCUUUCUUCGCCGCCGAAAUGGUGGUCAAACUCCUGGCGCUAGGAGUUCGGGGAAAAUCAGGGUACUUCUUCGAGACCUGGAAUCGUCUAGAUUGCUUCAUUGUCUUUGCCGGACUUACAGAAUAUACCAUGGAGGCUUUGGAAUAUUCGCUACAGUUAGAAAACAUGAAUCUUACAGCUAUACGUACGAUUCGAGUUCUCCGACCGUUAAGAGCCAUCAAUAGAAUUCCAAGUCUACGCAUCUUAGUCAUGCUCCUGCUGGACACAUUACCCAUGUUGGGGAAUGUGCUCAUGUUGUGUUUCUUUGUCUUCUUCAUCUUUGGGAUCAUCGGGGUGCAGCUGUGGAAGGGUCUGCUCAGAAACAGGUGUUUUCUAGACCUGCCUGACAAUGCCUCUGUAGGAGCAGGGUACGACGUGCCAUCGUACUACACAUUGCCAGACAUAUACCUGGACCACGUAUGCAGUUUUAAAUCAGACGCAGGGGACCUACACUGCGAUUCUGACCAUAAAGAGAAAUUUCUUGUAGGAGAACAAGUCUGCAACGCGUCCGCCUCCCUCUACACAAACAAUUCAUACAACAGCAAUUUGACGGAGUGUGUGGAUUGGAACCAGUACUAUUCCGUGUGUCAAACUAGCGAGAACAAUCCAUAUCUCGGGUCCAUUUCUUUUGAUAAUAUACUGUAUGCAUGGGUCGCCAUUUUCCAGGUCAUCACCUUAGAAGGCUGGACAGAUAUCAUGUACUAUAUCCAAGAUGUGCAUAGUUUUUGGAAUUGGGCGUAUUUUGUCGUACUCAUUGUAAUCGGUGCCUUCUUCCUGAUAAAUUUGUGUCUAGUAGUCAUAGCAACUCAAUUUUCUGAGACAAAGCAAAGAGAGAGCAAGUUGAUGGCGGAGCAGCGUAAACGGUUUCGUUCCACCAGCACGCUGGCCAGCAACGGUGAACCGGGCAGCUGCUACGACGAAAUCCUGAAAUACAUCGGACACCUGGUGCGACAGGCCAAAAGAAAAGUCCGACGCUGGCAUAAAGGUAUCCGCGGGAAGCGACAACGUAAAGUGAUGCCCGCCAUUUCGUUACGCCGCAAAAAGCACCGGACGAAAUCCGUGCAUGUGCACUGUCACCACCACCAUCACCACCACCAUUAUCAUUUUGGGAACAACAGCCCGCAAGCGCCCCGGGCCAGUCCCGAAAACAGUGAUAUUGGCUCCUCGCCCACCCGGCAGAGCAGACUUGUGGUGCCCGCCGCCAAUGGUAGCUUAGGACCCAGCGUAGAUUCGCUUCACUCUAUCACCUAUUGCACUGAGAAUCUCUCGCGAUUAGAACCCUUACCCAGCCGGUCACGUUGUAAGCAAUCCCCCCACCACCACGUAGUGACUACCCUCUCUAUACAUCGGGCAUCCUCCAUCAAUUAUCCCACCACAAAUUCUAAGGAUACUCGGCCAAAUUCCGCCUUGGCCAAAUUGACUGCUGAGACAGCACUGAAUAGCAUGACAGACGUGCCUCCUAAUAAGCUCCAAGAACGCUGGAAGGAUCUAUGUCUGGGCGACACCCUGAAUAAAUACAGUAAACUACCCCCAGUCAGGACCGGCAAUAUUUUCAGUGGAGAUGGCCUCACUCCCGCAGGUGCACACCCCCCGUUAGGGCAGCGUCUGUCGGCUCCGCCCCUCACCCAUCCCCCUUCCCCUUACCCAAUAGGCCACGCCCAUCUUGCCCCUCCCUCGCCGUGUCUUUCCAUCCACUCUGCAGGCUGUCCUGUCCAUCAGCCUUGCCCGGUCCACACCCCCUGCCGUCCGUCGACUCCAUGUCCCUCCCAUUCCCCCUGCCCCUCCCGCAGUUCCCGGACCUGCCCUCAUUCCUGCCCUGACGGCCACAACGAUUACGACUGGACCGAUUCCGACUCUGAAAACGAAGACGACUCGGAUGCGGAGGAUUCAGACUAUGAGGAGGAGCAGAAAGGAGACUAUGAUCUUGAUAAGUCGGGUUGCAAAGCCUUCUACCGCAAGGUGUCCAAUAAGAUCGGGGAGAUUGUGGAGAGCAAGUACUUCAUGCGAAGUAUCCUCAUCUGUAUUCUGAUCAACACUCUCAGCAUGGGCGUGGAGUUUCACAAUCAGCCGGACGAGUUGACAGAAGCUCUAGAGAUCAGCAACCGUAUCUUCACCAGUCUCUUUGCCUUGGAGAUGUUGCUGAAGCUCAUGGCUUAUGGCGUGGUUGGUUACAUCAGGAACGGGUUCAACGUCUUUGAUGGCAUCAUCGUCAUUGUUAGCGUGGUUGAGAUUAUGCAACAGGGCAGUGGGGGUCUGUCAGUCCUGCGAACGUUUCGUCUCUUACGAAUCCUCAAGUUGGUGCGUUUCAUGCCAGCGUUACGACGCCAGCUUCUGAUCAUGCUCAAGACCAUGGACAACGUCGCAACGUUCUUCUCACUUCUCUCGCUGUUCAUUUUCAUCUUCAGUAUUUUGGGAAUGCAUUUGUUCGGCUGCAACUUCUGUAGAUACGUGGACGGGGAACAGGUGUGCGAUAGGAAGAACUUUGACAGCCUGCUCUGGGCCCUUGUCACCGUCUUCCAAAUUUUGACCCAGGAAGAUUGGAACAUAGUCCUAUACAACGGCAUGCAUCACAACUCAGCUUGGGCAGCGUUGUACUUCAUCGCCUUGAUGACGUUUGGUAACUACGUCCUCUUCAAUCUCCUGGUAGCCAUCCUCGUGGAAGGCUUCGCUGCAGAGCCGUACAAUGAACAGAAAGAGUCCAGUCUUGCCGCAGCCAGCCACGAGAGUCUGGAGGAGGAUGAGGGAUACUCGGGGGAGGAGCAUGAGAAAAAGGAGGAGGGCAACGACGUACAGUCGGUCACAUCGGGUAAAGAUACCUCAGAUGAGAAGCAACUGGCCUUACCCGCCCCCGAGACCACCAUGUCCCCCGCCCCAGCCACCCUGAUGAGUCCACCCAUCAUAACCCGCACCGCUGCCACGCCUCAGGGCUCGCCCAUGUGUGAACAACCUAAAGGAUUCAUCAAGGGGCCUUUCCUAGACACUCAGUCCAUCGACUCCGACACCCAAUCCUUGUCCUCCCUGCAAUUCCACGGUUCGCCUCGUCUCCCACGCAGUAAUCUCUCCAGGAAUGGUUCCGGCAGGCAACGCGGCGGGCUGUCAGCCAACCCGGCCCACGUCAGGGACAGGAACUACCUACGUCCCUUCCAGUUGCCUGAGGCAGACCAUGGCCUGGACAGCGACAGUCAUUCCAACAUCAGUAGUCGCAUCAGCAGUCGAAGGAGUUCUUCCGACCACAACGGCUACGUCCCGGACAGCGACAGUCGCAGGACGUCCAUAGCAAGCUGCAACGGUGACAGUCGACGCACAUCUUACAUCUCAUGCAAUGGCGGCUCCUUCACUGCCCAGCUGGACAAGCACAGUCUGGAAGCUGAGAAACGAAGCAGCCGGGGGAGUAGGGGAUCCGUGGGUAGGAUGAGCAAUCGGGAAGAUGAGGAAAGCAUCGAAGAUCCCGAUCAAGACGAUGAAGCAACGAAGCAAAGCGCAGAGCUGGGCAGGAAGUGUUUCUGCUUACCUGGGGAUUGCAACUGCACCAAGUGUUGCCCGGAGCCCAAGGGAUGCUUCAAGACAAGAAUAGAAUAUUCUCUGUACCUUCUAUCACCACAUAAUAGAUUUCGGCGGAGACUACAAGGCCUGAUUGGUCAUCGCUGGUUUGACUAUGCCGUCCUUCUCAUAAUCUUUAUCAAUUGCAUCACGUUGGCCAUGGAGAGACCCGACAUUGAGGAAGAUAGCGUGGAACGGACGUUCCUGAGCAUCUCCAACUACAUCUUCACGGGCAUCUUCACCUUUGAGAUGGUGGUCAAGGUCUUAGCCAAAGGCUUCUUCAUCGGUGAGCACGCGUACCUCUACAGCGGCUGGAAUAUCAUGGACGGUAGCCUGGUGGUCAUCUCCUGGAUCGACAUCACCAUCAGCCUUGUCUCGUCAAACAGUCCCGAGAUCUUUGGUAUACUCAGGGUCUUCAGGCUACUACGGACUCUCAGACCAUUGAGGGUCAUCAGUAGAGCACCCGGUUUGAAGCUGGUCGUUCAGACCCUGAUGUCCUCACUACGUCCCAUCGGUAACAUUGUCAUUAUCUGCUGCACUUUCUUUGUCAUCUUCGGAAUCCUAGGCAUUCAGCUAUUCAAGGGUACUUUCUACUACUGCUCUGGUCCCAAAGUCAAGAACGUCAUGAACAGGACGCACUGCACCCAGGUUCACCCCAACAACCAGUGGGUCAAUCGGCAGUACAACUUUGACGACUUGGGCCAGGCCUUGAUGGCGCUGUUUGUUUUGGCCUCCAAAGAUGGGUGGGUGGAGAUUAUGUACAAUGGCAUCGAUGCUGUUGGUGUGGACAAACAGCCGAAGGAAAACAACAACGAGUGGCUAAUCCUCUUCUUCAUCUCCUUCAUCCUGAUCGUGGGCUUCUUCGUCCUCAACAUGUUCGUGGGCGUCGUGGUGGAGAACUUCCACAAAUGCCGGGAGCAGCAAGCCGCGGAGGAGUCGGCAAGGCGACAGGCCAAGCGGCUACGCAAGCUGGAGAAAGCUCGACAGAGUAUGUCGCGGCAAAGACAGGGGGAUGACACCAUAUCAUAUGAAUCAAUUGAGCAGCCCAGAGCGAGAGAGCGGCCUUACUACAUUGAUUACUCGCGUUGGCGGCGCCUCAUUCACAGCUUUGUCAUCAAUAAGUACUUUGAUUUGGCCGUGGCGGCGGUCAUUUUCAUCAACGUCAUCUCCAUGGCGCUGGAGCAUUAUGGGAUGUCACAGACACUUGAGGAGAUUCUGAGAUACUUCAACUAUUUCUUCACCGUGGUCUUCAUCUUGGAAGCAAUUCUCAAGAUAACAGCUCUUGGAUUCAGGAGAUACUUCAAAGACAGAUGGAACCAGUUGGAUAUGAUCAUCAUCAUUCUGUCCAUCAUUGGUGUCUUCCUGGAGGAACUACAGACAGACAUCAUUCCCAUCAACCCAACUAUCAUUAGAAUCAUGAGAGUUCUCAGAAUAGCCAGAGUGCUCAAGUUGUUAAGAUUAGCGCAAGGUAUUCGGGCUCUGUUGGAUACCAUAUCCCAGGCCUUACCACAGGUUGGCAAUCUUGGUCUUCUAUUCUUCCUGUUGUUCUUCAUAUUUGCUGCACUCGGAGUGGAGCUCUUUGGCAGACUCGACUGCACACGAGACAACCCGUGCCAGGGGCUCGGCAGACACGCUUCCUUCAAGAACUUCUUCAUUGCUUUCCUGACGCUAUUCAGAAUAGCCACGGCGGACAACUGGAAUGGAAUCCUGAAGGACACUUUGAGGAGUGAGAAGUGCGACAACAACUCGGGCUGCACCUACAACUGCUGCGCCAGCCCCAUCCUGGCACCCAUCUACUUUGUCUGCUUCGUCCUGAUGGCCCAGUUUGUCCUGGUCAACGUGGUGGUGGCCGUCCUGAUGAAGCACUUGGAGGAAUCUCAUAAGAUGGAGCAGGACGAUGAAGAUGACAGGCUGGCUUUGGCGGAGGAGUUUCGCAUCGAGGGGGAGCAGGAGGCAGCGAGGCGAGAAGAGGAGGAGCAACAGCAGCAGCAGGAAGUUGCCGAGCGAGCAAAUAGCUCCGAUGAAAACGACCCAGAGACACCGCUCACACCACUGCUUAAGCCUCUGCAAUCCUCAGACAUCGUUAUAGCGAUGCCUCCGUCCCAAGACUCUGUCCGGUUGGAGCGAGAAAACAACCCAGAGGGAGGUAAAUCUUUAGCCCCGCCCACCUCUUUGCACCUGUCCCCAUAUAAGCUGCCAGUAGAGAGAGUGCAGUCAGUUCCCGAUAGCUUUCACUUAGAGAGAGACACCGCAGAGGACCAACCAGAAGAUGGAGGAGAUCCACCACAGCGCACACCAAGCAUAGAGAAGAAGCAGCAAUUACCGUGUCUGGUACCCCAUAUCCACCUGCCUUCAGACAAUGACAGAUCGUCAUCAACGUCCUCCUCAUCACACAAUCUUGCCGGCGACAUACCUAGACUUUCCUCAAUCAGCCAGGACUCCGAGAUCGGCAGCAGUCAGCAGAGUCCUGCCUCCAGAGGAUCCUUCUCCACAAACUCUCCCAACUCUACUUUGGCCAAGUCAGACAGCGAUCCAGACAGGACUGGCCCACGCAGCAAAGACGCUGCUAAGCAGCUUAAUACACCGAGUAGCUUGGCUCACUCUGAGCGAUACCCAGGCGCAGACCCGGCCUCAAAGACUGGAGAAGCUGAGGCUAAUGCGAAACCAGAAGAGGUCCCCUUGCAACAGUGGCCGAGAAAAAGUAGCGAGUCUUCUACGGGGGAUACUGCCAAACAACCGUCCAAGUCAUCUCUAGAUGACGUCGUCAGGCACAAAUCCAGGGAUUUGGACCCUAGACAGCACCCAAAGGUGCGGAGAGGAGCUCGGCCUACCGGCCCUAACAAUCUCAACAGUUUUGCCUCAUCUAACAAACCUCAUCAAGCCCAUCGUAGGGCGUCAAAGAGCAGCGUUGCUAAUAGCUCCAGUGAUAGCGACAGCAGCUCGCCACCCAACCGUAAGAGGACUCGAAGGAGACAGAGGCACUCCCCGAGUAAAACAUUACCCCAGAAGAAAGAAGAUGGUUCUUCCUUGACAAGUAGCAGGGAACCGUCAGUGUCUGGCGAAAUCCCUGAAGUUCUAGUUGAGCAACCCAAAGGGAACGUACAGGACAGUGACUCAAGAAAAGACGGGACUAGGACCACAGUCAGUCAUCCAGGAAAGACGACUGGAGAUGAACCAGAACCACCCAAGGAUAAAAACAUCUACGAUCCAGCUGAAAGAGUAUGACGAUUGGGGUUGCAACCAAGUAUUUUUUAUACACUAAACUGACGUUGUACUAAAUAUCAGCCACUUACACUCGGAAAACACUUAAAGACGUUUGUAACGAUCAAGUGCAACAUGUUGAGUUUUCCGUUUAAUAGCUUGGAAAUGAUGUAUGUAAAGUUAAGUGGUCAAUAGUUUUUUUCACGAAAUGAGAAAACUUGUCAACCAAAGACUGGGGUAACAUAAACAUUUGUAUAUGGCACAGUUUAUUGGUCCCCCUGAAAAAAAAGUGCAUGAUAUUUGAUACGUGGGCCUAAUUGUUGUAUGCAUUUUUCCGUUUUUGGUUUGUAUUAAAACAAAGUUCACAAAGUGUUCCUUUCACAACUGAAUGUAUGCAUUCCCAAACGUUUCCUCCACACUGUUUCUAAUGAAUUUUGUAAAUAGGAGGAGAAAGGAAUAUAGAGUGGUCGCACUGUUAUUUCCGUUGCUUGCAAGAAAGUGUCUACAAAAUGUAUUGCAUUAGAUUGACAACAUCUGUUCCAUUUUUACAACCGCUUGGUCCCGUGUGUCGAGUUCCACCCAAUCCUCUCCAGUCCCGAAUACAAACCUGUACAAAAACUCUUCAUUUUUCUUAAAGAAACACUGAUGUACUUUAUUUUGUAGCAACGAAGCAUGAUUUUCAUUUGUAUUUCAACGGAUGUGUAUAUUCACGGCGGUUAUUUUAUCCAAGUGACCAGGGAUCGUUGAGUUCCAGGGGAGUGUGUUUUGUAGUGUCCAUAUUUUGUAUUUGAGAAAAAGUCUGAUAUUUUGGAUACGUAUUUAUUUUAAAGUUGUAACAUAAAUAUUUGUUUAAUUGUUUAAGUUGUCACAGUGGUUCAGGUAUUUUUUUUUGUUUUGCUUUUGCCGUUUUGUUUUUGUUUUUAUUUUUUGCUGGUUGGUUUGUUUUGGUUUUAUUUUUGUAAGUGGAAUUUUGUAGUUUGGUGAAGUAACAUAAAAUUUAAGGCAAAAUCUAGUGGAUUAUUCGGUUAAAAAUCAAUGCGUUUCAGUUUUUAAAGUUAUAUCAUGGCACAAUUUACAAAUUUUAAAGAUGUAACGUUAUCACCCACAUGUAUUUGUCUUUUUUUCUUUGAACACACGUCAAUAAUGAAAUUGGUAAAACAGUAAAUGUUGCACUGCACAUCAAAUUCAGCCAACUUAUGAAUCCAUACAAAUCACCCAAACCAAAUUAGACAGCUGCUUGACAUAGUCAAUUAUGGCUCAUUGGAAGUACACACCAAGUAGUCAUGGUGCAAGACUUAUUUGUGUUUCUCUGUGAACCUGAUAUGUAACAUUAUAUUUUUUUCUGCAGGUGUUUUUUUUUUUUUUGCUGAAAUCUGUGGUAUACAAAAUGACUCCCCAUUGUCUGCUACACUAGUUACAUGUAUGCUUUAUGCCAUCGCCACUAUGUUAAGACUAUACUCCGUUGAGGAUCACCUUACAAUACAUCAUAUACAUGUAUUCAAUUUUAGACAGGAAAAAACUGUAGUUACUACAUUAAUAUGUACUCCUGCGCACUUUUGGUUAAAAAGGUCAAGUUUUCACCCGACAGUGAAAACACACAAAGCAACUCAGUUCUGAUACUCACAAUUCAUGUAGCAUGUCCUUGUUACGUAGAAAAAUACUGUUACAUAUAAACGUACCAUUUGUCUACUUUUUUGUUUCAUUACAUUUAUUUGGAUAUUGUUAAUUUUAGCACACUUUCACCAUAGUAACAGCAACAACCCUCCUUUUGUGCUUCCCUUAAUGUCUUUUUGUUGUGUUUUCUUUUUUUAUAUUUGUAACAGAAAAGUAACUUUAUUAUGUAAAUUUAUUAUGGAAAAAUAUGCACAUUUGUUUUCCAUGUGGUAUCUUGUGCUGGCACAACUAGAGUCUACAUUGAUAUUUGUCUUCAGUUGCGCUGAGAAGUUAUUUUUCUUUGAAAAUAGAGGCAAAAUUUUAGGUUUUCUUUGAAUUUUUGACUUGCAGAACCUUAAUCAGCUUCUGAUGUGCAUGUGUGUGCGACUCUAUACAUUUAGCAAAGGUGUAUGUAUGUAUCUGUGUAUCUAUUCACUACUUGUAGGCAAUGUUGGCCAUUUUUUGGUCAUUAUUGUCCGACAGAUUUCAGUGGCUGGACCAUGGCGAGGAAUUAUACAAAAUCUUUCAGAAAAGCUUGUACUGUAAACCAUUUAGUUUGCAAAGCAAUAUAUUUAUAAAUCACAUCAGCAAACAUGCACAUAAUCUUUUUAUUUGCUCAUAUCAGUGAAAAGAAUGAAAUAAUUAUAACAAUAUUAUACUUAUGCGUGGUAGUAAUGAAAGAAUGUUGGUAAAAACACACACACAAUGAGUUAUCUUGUUACAGAAAUGAACUUUCACAACACCCACUUUAAAUGACAAAACAACAUCUGCACAGAAACUAUAACAGGCAAAUCCUUUUAAAAAAAUUAGUUGGAAUUAUAUUACCAAAAUAAUGACCAAGAAAUAUUUAAUAUUAACCUGCACCUUGGAUUUUUUUUUUUGAAGAAUUAUAUUUUUUUUUAUCGCACACUUGAGAAUUCUUACCACCCCCUUCCAAAAUUUAAAAUUGAAUAUCUUCUUUAUUGCAAAAUAUCUCUUUUGGAACACAAAAUUAUAAAUAUACACUUCCUUUGACACCGAACUGUGAAUUACCUGAGCCCUAGUUCCAUUUGUUCUUAUAAUCAAAUUUGAGUAUAUUUCAAGUCAUUGUCAUCAUUUUCACAGAAAAUGGUCCCGCUCUGUACAAACUACUACCCUUAUGUCUGAUAUUUUUACGUAACCUUAUAAAUGCAUCAUGUAAAACCUGUGUUAUUGCCAAACAAGUGAAAAGCUAAAUUAAUGUAUCAGCGUAAGCCACUUCAACUUUAUAACUUACUUUGUAAAACGCAUAACUUUACAACAACUUGUUAUCCCAAUUUUAGUUACAAAUUUGUUUAGAAACAAAAUAAUUCCACCACCUUGCUAAUUGUUCUUGAAAAUCACACACGUAGUCUUAAGGCAUAUGGUGUUAAAAAUAUGUUUGCUGACCGCAUUGUCCGUGGGUAUGAUCUUGAUGAUUUUGUGCUGUACAACACCGAUGGUGGGAGUUACAAAAGUGGUAUAAAAAUUAAGUGUAUCAAUGCAAUUAAGUGGUGAUUAUAAUGUGCUUGGUGACCCCAGGUCAAAGGUUAUCCCUAGGAUUAGACUUGACUCCAGUUGUUUCUUGUGCUUUUUUCAACUUGUCAGUAUCAGUAAUGCAUUUUACAUCAAUGAUCAGUUGGAAUGCGAGUCUUGUUGAUAAGACGCGACUGGUUUUUUUUUCUUCAAAUCAUAUUUACUAAAAUUGUUUUGCAAUAACGUGUCCCGCUUCUACUCUGAAAAUCGCUUCACACUUGAAAACAAGGUGUCAGACUCAUUUGAAUUUAAGUUUAAAAUUGGAUUGUCACUGUCAAUGCCAGUUUCGUAGAACACGUUGCAAUUUGCCGAAUAUAUUUCCCUCAAAAAUUCUUUUUUUUUCAUUUUCAGCAAGAAUCGCAAAGGCCAUAAAUAACGCAAUCUUACUAAACGCAUCUACAGAAAAAAUAUUUCGGCUGAUAGGCUCUGAAGUAAGAUUUGUCUUUCCAAAACAAAUCUGCGUUAAAAAUGAAACUCAUUUUAAUUCCUUCCAUAGCCACGAAAAGGAGCGAGUUGUUUUGAAGUAAACAGAGGGGCAAUUUGACGCAAGUGUUAAGCAGAAUAAAAAUGUUGCUUAGCAGAAAAUAUACCCCGGUCGUUCAAAGCACAAGAAACAACUUAACAGUGUUUGUAGAAAUUUAUACUUCAUAAAAUCAAAAUGACCUUCCCUUUCCCUUUCACCCUGUUUAAAAUAAAUUUGUAAUAAAAAGCAACUUUAAUAAGAAAAAUG